AUGGAGCGCACGAUCGAUAUCUACUUCAACAAGCUGGGGGAUGAGAAGCUUGACAUCAAAGUACGAGCAAAUGUCGCAACCGAGUUGCGAGACAGUAUUGAACCAUUAUGCGCGGGCGCAAAUUAUCCCGUCUUUCUGGCCAAGCUUUGGCCAGUCUUCAAGGCUAUUUUGAAGGGGGAUCCGGUCUUCUUGAGCAUGUCUUAUGAGCAGAAACUCCGAAACUGUAUCCUCGAGACGAUUCACCGAUUACCAAUGGCCCCUCCCGAUGUCGAACCAUACGCCGCGGAUAUGGUUGAUUUGUUGAUGGAACUCGCGCGCAUCGAGAAUGAGGACAAUGCAGUUCUGUGCAUGAAGACCAUUAUGGAUCUGGAACGGAACCAAGCAAAGGCCACCGCGGCACGGGUGCAGCCUUUCUUAGAGCUAAUUCAAGAAAUGUUCCAGACCAUGGAGCAGGUCGUUCGAGAUACCUUCGACACCCCAAACCAAGCGACUCCCUCCGGGAUGCCUUCGACUCCGAAUGCCAGUUCACAGAACUUUCAAUCACCUCGACCGAGCUCGCCUGCCACAUCAGUUUCAGAUCUGGGCCCUGAGCAACAAUCCAGCAAUGUUCUCUUGAAGGGGAUGCAGUCGUUCAAAGUACUUGCUGAAUGCCCUAUCAUCGUCGUUUCGAUCUUCCAGACUCAUCGAGCUUCAGUCGCACAAAACGUCAAACUUUUCGUACCCCUCAUCAAGACGAUCUUGCUUCUGCAGGCGAAGCCGCAGGAGAAGGCGCAUGCCGAUGCAACAGCCCAAGGCACAAUAUUCACUGGCGUUUGCAAGGAGAUCAAGAACAGAGCUGCAUUUGGGGAGUUUAUUACAGCUCAGGUUAAGACCAUGAGCUUCCUGGCCUACCUCCUUCGCCUCUAUGCCCAUCAACUUCAAGAUUUCCUUCCUACUCUCCCGUCUGUGGUUGUUCGGCUUCUUCAGGACUGCCCACGUGAAAAAUCUGGUGCUCGAAAGGAGCUUCUUGUCGCGAUUCGACACAUCAUCAAUUUCAAUUAUCGCAAGAUAUUCCUGGAGAAAAUCGAUGAGCUUCUGGACGAGCGAACAUUGAUCGGCGAUGGUCUGACAGUAUAUGAGACCAUGAGGCCUUUAGCGUAUAGCAUGCUCGCCGAUCUCAUCCACCAUGUUCGUGACCAUCUCAGCCGCGAUCAGAUCCGUCGAACCGUCGAGGUAUACACCAAAAACCUCCACGACGAUUUUCCCGGUACCAGUUUCCAAACGAUGAGUGCCAAGCUGCUAUUGAACAUGGCAGAGAAGAUAUCCAAGCUCGAGGAUAAGCGAGAGGCUCGCUAUUUCCUCAUCAUGAUACUGGAUGCCAUUGGUGACAAAUUCGCCUCGAUGAACCAUCAAUUCAACAACGCCGUCAAGGUGUCUAAGGCCUUCAAGGAAUCUCGGAAAGAGACCGAGCCCUCGAACGACUCAUACCUUGCUGAGAAGGACCAUCCUCCUGACUGGGACGAAAUAGACAUCUUCUCUGCUUCACCAAUCAAGACCUCUAGCCCGCGUGACCGUGGUAGUGACCCCGUUUCGGAUAAUAUCUUCCUCUUCAGGAACCUGAUCAAUGGGCUCAAGAACAUCUUCCACCAGCUCAAGAAUUGCAACCCGGAUGAUAUCCAGAUCGACCCAAACAGCGUUCCUAUUAAUUGGUCUGAGGUGUCUUAUGGUUACAAUGCCGAAGAGGUUCAUGUUAUCAAGAAGCUCUUCCACGAGGGUGCUCGUGUCUUCCGCUAUUACGGCGUGGAUCAAUCUCCACCGGAAGUCAACUACUCCUCGCCAUUCGAUUUCCUCGCUAGUCAAUAUACGGCACCCAUGUCCCGUGAAGAGAAGGAACUCCUGGAGAGCUUCGGUACUGUCUUCCAUUGCAUCGACACUGCAACUUUCCACGAAGUCUUCCACUCUGAAAUUCCCUAUCUCCACGAGCUUAUGUUUGAGCAUGGUGCGCUCCUCCACCUCCCACAAUUCUUCCUCGCCAGCGAAGCCACCUCACCAGCCUUCUCCGGAAUGGUACUCCAGUAUCUUAUGGAACGCAUUCAUGAGGUUGGAACGUCAGACAUGACCAAAGCGAAGAUUCUUCUAAGAAUGUUCAAACUCUCCUUCAUGGCCGUGACGCUCUUUUCUGUGCAGAAUGAGCAAGUUCUCCACCCACAUGUCACCAAGAUUGUCACCAAGUGUAUUGAGUUGUCAGUUACUGCCGAGGAGCCUAUGAACUACUUCCUCCUUCUGCGCUCUCUCUUCCGCAGCAUCGGCGGUGGCCGAUUCGAGCUCCUAUACAAGGAAAUCCUCCCCUUGCUUGAGAUGCUCCUCGAGACCUUCAACAAUCUUCUACUCGCUGCUCGCAAACCUCAAGAGCGUGAUCUUUAUGUUGAGCUCACUUUGACCGUACCUGCCCGCCUGAGCCACCUUUUGCCUCAUCUCAGCUACCUCAUGCGCCCCAUUGUUGUCGCCUUGCGUGCUGAUUCUGAUCUUGUUGGUCAAGGUCUGCGCACGCUUGAACUUUGCGUGGACAAUUUGACCGCCGACUAUCUCGAUCCGAUAAUGGCACCGAUCAUGGAUGAGCUGAUGACCGCACUCUGGGAUCACCUCCGCCCUCAUCCUUAUAACCACUUCCACGCUCACACCACAAUGAGAAUCCUUGGAAAGCUUGGCGGUCGCAACCGCAAGUUCUUGAACCAUCCACCAGAGGGAGAAGCGUCCCUUCCUGUGGAUACCGGGAUUGACCUGGCCAUUGGAAAACUGAUGGAAGCCCCGAAGUCCACCUCGUCCAAGGGCUCCGACAUUUACUACAAGCAACAAGCCUACCGCAUGCUCAGUUCACACCUUAAGCUUCAAAUCGGAUUUGAAAAUCUGCCUGAUGACUUGGCAUCUCUCAUCAGACUUCAUGCGAAUGACCUUGUGGAUGGCAAGGUUAAUGCUAUGGUUGACAUUCUCGAGAAAUCGGAGAGGUCAGCUUCCAUUCCAAAGAAAGUGGCACAGGAAGCCACUGUGAAGAAGCUCAUCAAGGCUUGCAUCUUUGCCACAACCAUCCCAGAGCUCGAGGCAUCUGCGAGGGCUUUUGUGGCAGACGUUUGCAAGCACAUUACGGUCCUCGAGGUUGGCCGUGCUCUUUCCCAAGCCCGCCACAGCCGCAAGUCCUUCGACGUAUCUAACGGAGAGGGCCCUGUUUACCUCGACUCACGAGUUCUCGCUGAAGCUAUUGUUGAGACGCUUUCAUCGGACAAUGUUCACGUUCGAGAAGCGGCUGAAGAAGCUUUGGUGGUUGUCAAGGAAGCGGCAGUCAUCAUCUUUGGUUCCUCUGAGAAAGCAGCCAAGCUUCCGUUCUUUCAGCACUUAGGUCGUGUGUUCUGCCACAGCUGCUUUAGCGAGGAGUGGUUUGCCAAAGCUGGUGGAAGCUUAGGUAUCCAACUACUAGCCACCAAAUUAGAUCUCGGCGAUUCCUGGCUUUAUGAGCGCCACAUCGACUUCGCUCGCGCCCUUAUUUAUGUGAUCAAAGAUACACCCCCCGAUCUUCCUGCCGCUACACGCAUUCAAUCCCAGGAUACCUUGACCUUGAUCCUUAAACGGGGUGGCAAGCUCAUUCCUAAAGACGACGUUAAGAACGAGAAGAGCCGCGUUGUUGCUCUCUGUGGGUUCUUCGUCUUUGAGCUUGGUCACAUGAACAAGCAUGUCCGCGAGACCUGUCGUCGUUGCUUCGCCACUCUCGCAGAGGAAUUGGGCUGCGAGGUCCAUGAGCUUAUCCACCCGGUCAGGGACCGUCUGCUGCAGUCGAUCUUCAACAAGCCUCUCCGUGCCCUGCCUUUCCCCACGCAGAUUGGCUUCAUCGAUGCCAUCACCUACUGCUUGAGCCUGCACAACGAAAUCGUGACGUUUAAUGAACCCCUCAAUCGAUUGAUGCUGGAGUCUCUCGCACUUGCCGAUGCCGACGAUGAGUCGCUAGCUUCAAAGCCAAAUGAGUUCAAGAAUGCCGAGAUGAUCGUGAACCUACGUGUCGCUUGCCUGCGUCUUUUGUCCAUGGCCAUGACUUUCCAGGAGUUUGCCAACACCCCGAACAAUACCAGCCGCGCACGCAUCAUUUCUGUCUUCUUCAAGUCGCUAUACUCUCGCUCUCCUGAAGUCAUUGAAGCCGCUAAUGCCGGUCUUAAGGAUGUCCUUACUCAGACUAACAAACUGCCAAAGGACUUGCUACAGAACGGCCUGCGUCCUAUUCUCAUGAAUCUUCAGGAUCCGAAACGCCUAAGCGUUGCUGGUCUUGACGGACUCGCUCGUCUUUUGACCCUGCUGACCAAUUACUUCAAGGUGGAGAUUGGGGCUCGUCUCUUGGACCAUAUGAAGGUUAUUGCAGACGAUGGUGUGCUCCAGAAGGUCUCUUUCAGCCUUGUUGAACAGAACCCUGCCAUGAAGAUUGUGGCCGCGAUCUUUAAUAUCUUCCACCUCCUCCCACCCGCCGCCACAUCUUUCAUGGAACAUCUGGUCAACAAGGUACUUGAUCUUGAGCAAAAGCUGCGACGGACCUCACACAGUCCCUUCCGCAAGCCCCUUGUCAAGUAUCUCAACCGCUACCCGAAGGAGAGUCUUGCCUUCUUCCUUGCACGGUUCAAGGACGAGCGCUUCGGACGUUUCUUCGGACAAAUCUUGGCGGACCCGGAGAGUGAGGGUCUGCGUAAUGCGGUUGUCGCUGACACUGACGGAUUCACCUCAAAUGCUUUUGCACCCGAGGCAACUGAUGGCAAAAACACCGCUGCAAUCAAUGGUAUCUAUGUUGCGCACUCCGUCUCUUUAUAUCCAUCUACCAAGAAUUGGCUGGUCUCAAGCGCCGAUCUACGGACCAAGCUGUUGACAUAUGGGAGAGAGCUAGAGCGGAAACUUCGGGGUGACAGCUUGCCUCCAGAUGAGCGCCUGAGAGUGGAGCAAGCCGAGGAUCAGUUGAUGGAUGUCUUCACAGUCUACCUCGGAGAAGCUUCUCAUGACCUGGAUUUCCUGUUCGAAGUCAUUGACGGUCUUUCCGCGGACGAACUUAAGCGUACACUGGCACUUCCUAAAUUCAUCUUUAGCCAUAUAAUCACCAACGAGUCGAUUGACUACCGUCGCUCUGUCAUCAUGCGCUGCCUUGACCUAUACGGUCAACGGGCCUGCUCCCAGAAGACCAAGACCUAUGCCUUCCGCCACCUGGUCAAUCCAAUUUUCGCGAUGGAUGUUCAAGCUUCGUGGAACAGCCCAGCCAGUGCCCCCAGGUUGAUGGACAAGAGCAUGACCGAAUCGAUCCAAAGCCGCCUGUGGAAGCCACAAUUGUCUGAUGUCUGUGACGAAUCAAGCCAGGCUGGCGUUGACCAUUCGCGCAUGGAGUUGCUUCAACUGUCUGCCUUGUUGAUCAAAUAUCACUCGCAGACCGUCCAAGAGUCCCGCAAGGACAUCAUCAAAUUCGCCUGGAAUUACAUUCGUCUUGAGGACAUUAUCAAUAAAUACGGUGCAUACGUCCUCAUCAGCUAUUUCAUAGCGCAUUAUGAGACACCCUACAAGAUUGUGAUCCAAGUUUACGUCGCUCUGCUCCGAGCCCAUCAGAACGAGGGCCGGGCCCUUGUCACUCAGGCUCUCGAUGUUCUGGCCCCGGUCCUUCCAACACGCACCGCCAGCAAUCAAGGCGCAGAGGCUCGUUAUCCUAUUUGGGCUAAAUGGCCCCGCCGCAUUCUGUCAGAGGAGACAGCCAACCUGCAACAGGUAAUGAGUAUUUUCCAAUUCUUGGUUCGGCAGCCAGAUUUGUUCUAUGAGUCGCGCGAGCAUUUCAUUCCUCUCAUUGUUCCCUCAUUGAUCAAGAUUGCGGGCCCGCCAAAUACCUCAAAUGACAGCAAAAAGCUCGCACUGAAUCUUAUUGGCUUGAUCUGGCACUGGGAAGAGAGGACGGCUCAAUCGGCGGAGACCCAAGCGGGUGUACCCAAUGGUGUUACUGAAUCACCGAACACGAAGAAACGCAAGCUUGAAGAGGCCGAUGGAGCGUCCCAAUCACCAUCUCUGGGACCUCCUGCGACCAAGACUGAUUACACGGUGCCGCCUGAGCUUCGCGGGGCUCUUAUUAAAUAUCUUAUCACCUUCAUUACUACCAUCCCUGAGCGCUUCCAGGUACCAGCUGCCCACAUCCGCACGCUGCCUUCUUCAAAGCCAAUCAUGCCAGUACCCACCGGUGACAUGAUCAACAAGGCUAUCAGUCUUCUCAGGAAUCUCCUCUCUCCCACGUACUGGGGAGACCUUGAUAUCGAUCUCUACCAGAAGGUGACCGAGCCAAUUCUAACUGGAGAAAAAGCAGACAAGCCUGAUGACAAGCACAUCACUGUCAUGAUCAACGCGCUCCAGGUAUUGCGCGUACUUAUCGCAGCGAAGCCCAACGAGUGGAUCACGGCUCGCCUCCCAAGCAUUCAGAAGCUCCUCGAGAAGCCCUUGAAGUCUGAUAAUCCUGAAAUCCAAGAUUGUUUGCAUGGUCUGGAGGAUGAUAUGGAUAUUUCCCCCAAGUUGCCACCUCCGGUGCGUUAUGUUCUCGAGGCCAUUCCUGAUGACCAACCCGAUGAAGAGGAUGCCAUGGAUACCGAAAGCACACCUUCAGAAUUCGGAACUUACUUGUCCGCAAUCGCCACCGAGACCCUCUCAGCAAGUAACUACGUGUCGAGUCUGAACACACUUUGGACACUCUCGAAGAUCAAGCCUGCUGAGAUCGAUACGCAUAUCCCUGCUGUCAUGAAGGCGUUCUCCCAGAAGUUGGCCAAGGAUCAUGUUGCAGCUUCUACCACCCAGAAUGGUGCGCAGAGCGCCGAGGGGGUCCCAGAUCAACAAGAAGCCGAGUUGGGUGUUGAUCUCAUCUUCAAGACAAUUGAAUUAAUCUCAGUCCGAAUGUCCCACCUUGGCGACCAGCGUCGUCCGUUCCUCAGUGUUCUGGCUUCGAUAGUCGAGCGUUCGCAGAACAUCAAGCUUUGCAGCAAGGUUCUGGGCAUGGCCGAGUCCUGGAUUUUCCACUCAACAGAGUCUUGGCCCACUCUGAAGGAAAAGACUGCAGUUCUUCACAAGAUGCUGCUAUUCGAAUCCAGACCCGAUCAAACGAUGCUGAAGAAGUUUCUUGACUUGGUGAUUCGCAUCUACGAGGAUCAAAAGAUUACUCGCACCGAGUUGACUGUUCGCCUCGAGCACGCUUUCUUGAUUGGCACAAGAGCUCAAGAUGUUGAGAUGCGUAAUCGAUUCAUGGGUAUCUUUGACAAGAGUUUGACACGCCUUGCUAGCUCGCGUCUGAGCUAUGUUCUUACCUGCCAAAACUGGGAUACCCUUGCCGAUUCCUUCUGGCUGGCCCAGGCAUCGCAUUUGAUUCUCGGUUGCGUGGACAUGAAUACAACUGCCCGUCUUCACUCCGAAGAUUUCACGCUAUCACCUCUAUCAUUUCUCUUUGCGGGUGGUGAUAAGGAUGAAAGAAAACCAGACAUCAUUGUCGACAAUAAGCUAGAGAGCUUUGUCGUGGAGCGCAAGCGCUUCAUGUCUGAUAUCGGUGACGUUCGAGUUCGAGACUUGAUCGAACCUCUCUGCCAGCUUCAACACACCGACUCUAAUGUUUCGUACAAGCUGUGGACCACACUGUUCCCGAUUUUCUGGUCAACCUUAUCAAAGGAAGAUCGCAUCGACCUCGAAAAGGGAAUGGUCACAUUGCUCACUCGAGAGUACCACCAGAGACAGUUGGACAAACGACCAAACGUCGUUCAAGCCCUCCUUGAGGGCGUUGUGCGGGCUCGACCUCGUUUCAAGGUUCCUCCUCACGUUAUGAAAUACCUCAGCCGUACCUACGAUGCCUGGUACGUCGCUGCCACAUACCUCGAGGAAAGUGCCAUCAAUCCCAUCAUCGACACCUCCACUGUCCGUGAAAGCAACCUCGAUGCCUUGGUCGAAGUCUAUGCUGGUCUCCAGGAAGACGAUUUCUUCUACGGUACAUGGCGACGCCGCUGCCGAUUCGUUGAAACCAACGCGGCUCUGUCCUAUGAGCAGCAGGGCAUGUGGGACAAAUCGCAGCAGCUAUAUGAAAAUGCACAGAUCAAGGCUCGCUCUGGAGCCAUGCCAUUCUCACAGGGUGAAUACUUUGUUUGGGAAGACCAUUGGCUUAUUUGCGCCCAGAAGCUUCAGCAAUGGGAGAUCUUGAGUGACUUUGCUAAGCAUGAGAACUUGAACGACCUUCUUCUUGAGUCUGCUUGGCGCAACAUCGAGAACUGGCAGAGCGAAGGCAACAGAGAGCAAUUGGAGUCUCUAAUAAAGUCUGUAUCAGAUGCUCCGACUCCCAGGCGCACCUUCUUUCAGGCAUUCAUGGCUUUGCUACAAUACCAUGUCAAGAAGGAGAAUAUGCAGGAUUUCAAUAGCGUCUGUGACGAGUCGAUUCAACUCUCCAUCCGCAAAUGGCUUCAAUUGCCGAAGCGUAUCACCAACGCUCACAUUCCCAUCUUGCAACAUUUCCAGCUGUUGGUCGAACUGCACGAUGCCAGCCACAUCUGCGGUAGCUUGGCUCAGACUAAUGAGCGCAAUCUCGAUACCAAGUCAGCCGAACUCAAGCUUCUCCUUGGAACAUGGCGGGAUCGUCUGCCGAAUCUCUGGGAUGAUAUCAAUACCUGGCAGGACCUUGUUACCUGGCGCCAGCAUAUCUUCCAGCUUAUCAACGGUACCUAUCUCAGCUUACUUCCACCGCAGACCAACAACGUGGCUAGCAACUCCUACGCCUACCGUGGUUAUCACGAGACGGCCUGGAUCAUCAAUCGCUUCGCGCACGUCGCACGUAAGCAUCAAAUGCCCGAGGUCUGCAUCAACCAGCUGAGCCGCAUCUAUACCCUGCCGAACAUCGAAAUCCAGGAGGCAUUCCUCAAGCUGCGCGAACAAGCCAAGUGUCACUACCAGAACCCUAAGGAGCUCAACAGCGGCUUGGAUGUGAUCAACAAUACCAACCUCAACUACUUCGGCCCCCAGCAGAAGGCCGAGUUCUACACUCUGAAGGGGAUGUUUUUAGCCAAGCUUGAUCAUGUCAAUGAGGCGAACGAAGCAUUUGGUGUCGCUCUCUACUAUGAUCUCCGUCUUGCGAAGGCCUGGUCUGAGUGGGGACAAUACAGUGACCAGCGAUUUAAGGCAGACUCCUCCGAUUAUGAGCUGGCUAGCAACGCAGUCAGCUGCUACCUGGAGGCUGCUGGUCUUUAUAAGAGCGCGAAGUCCCGCAAGCUGCUGAGCCGUAUCUUAUGGCUCCUCAGUUUGGACAACGAAGAGGGCCAGAUCGCCAGUGCCUUCGAAAACUUCAAGGGCGAUACCCCUGUCUGGUACUGGAUUACCUUCAUCCCUCAGCUCCUCACCAGCCUGUCCCAUCGUGAGGCUCGUCUUUGCAAGGCUGUUCUAGUUAAGAUCGCCAAGUUGUUCCCGCAGGCUCUCUUCUUCCUCCUCCGUACGAACCGGGAGGACAUGCUUAGCAUCAAAAAACAGCAUGACCAGAAGCAGGAGAAACUGAAUCGUGCCAGGCAGCAGCAACAGGCUAGCUCCUCACCCAGUACCAAGCCUCCUGCUGCCGGUGAAGCUUCUCCAGCCCAGAAGCCUCCGACUAGCGUGCCUCCCAGUGCCUCCCCGGCUGGCCAAAAUAGCAACUUGCCGACAACUCAGUCCCCUGCGCAGAAUCAGAACCAGCAAAUUCCCAGCCAGUCCCCUGCUCAACCCCAGGUGCAAGCUUCGCCCCUUCAAGGACAAGCCCAAAGCCCCAGCCAAGGCCAAGCUGGUCAAACACCAGUCCCGCAGAACCAAGGACAGACCCCAGGCCAGCAAGGCCAUCUUCAAGUUCCAGGCCAGGGAGCCCAGCAGCAGCCAAACCAAGCAGCUUCCGCGGAGUCAACAGAGAAGGAGCCGCUCAAGAAGCCAUGGGAAUACUCGGACGAAAUCAUGUCCGGCCUCAAGACCGCAUUCCCGUUGCUUGCUCUUUCUAUGGAGACGAUGGUCGACCAGAUCCACAAGAACUUCAAGUGUCCUCCUGACGAGGAUGCUUACAGGCUUAUCGUUGCUCUCUUGAAUGAUGGUCUGGCCUACGUGGGCCGUAUGCCCCAGUCUUACGCACAGGAUACCAAGCUUCCCCCAGCCACAGAAGCCAACAUCACUAGGUUCGCAGAAACAAUUCUUCCGGCACACAUCCGCAAAUCUUUCGAGGCGGACUUUGUUACUAAGAAGCCCACGAUGCACGAGUACAUCCAGAAGCUUCGUCGCUGGCGUGAUAAAUUUGAGGAGAAGCUGGAUCGUCGAGCCCAGCACGGAUCCCUUGAGGGCUACUCUCCGCACCUGAGCGAGUUUAGAUUCCUCAAGUUUGACGAAGUUGAGAUACCUGGACAGUAUCUACUGCAUAAGGACAAGAACCAGGACUUUGUUCGCAUUGAUCGCUUCCUGCCCGAUGUGGAUCUGGUUCGUGGCAUUGGAGUCUGCCACCGCCGUCUCAAGAUUCGUGGCCACGAUGGUAGUAUCCACGCUUUCGCUGUGCAGCAUCCUGCCGCACGCCACUGCCGUCGUGAAGAGCGUAUUCUUCAACUGUUCCGUAUUUUCAACGGGCUGUUGGCGAAGCGCAAAGAGAGCCGACGUCGCAACCUUUACUUCCACCUGCCGCUGAUGGUGCCUCUGGCCCCUCACAUCCGCCUGGUUCGCGACGAUUCGUCAUACAUCUCCAUGCAAGGUAUCUACGAGGACUAUUGCAGACGAGUUGGUAUCAACAAGGAUGAGCCGGUGCUCUUCACAAUGGAUCGCAUGCGGUCUUUGGCAGAAACAAAGCAAAAUCGCACGGCCGAUCAACAACAGGUGCUUCGUACUGAGAUCUUGACUGCCAUUCAAGAUAAGUGGGUUCCUAGCAAUGUGGUGCUAGAGUACUUCCAGCAAACGUAUCCCAACUUUGCCGAUUUCUGGCUCUUCAGACGACAGUUUGCCUACCAGUACGCCGCGGUUGCUUUCAUGACUUAUGUGAUGCACAUUGGCAACCGUUACCCCAACAAGAUCUUGGUGUCGCGGUCUACAGGUGAUAUCUGGGGUGCCGAGUUGAUCCCAACAAUCAACCCGGCGAAGGCCAUAUUCUUCAACCCAGAGCAGGUCCCCUUCCGAUUCACCCCCAACAUCCAAACUCUGCUGGGCCCCAUUGCUACGGAGGGUCUGUUUGCCUGUGCGAUGAUGGCCAUCGCGCGCUGCUUGACGGAACCACGCCACGAGCUCGAGCAACAACUGAGCGUAUUCGUGCGCGACGAGAUGAUGUUCUGGGCUACUGCCCAGCACCGCGGUCAGUUGGCUGUGCCACAGUUACGUGAUCUGGUCUACAACAACAGCGAGAUCAUCGUCAACCGCGCCGUCAGCUUGGCCAGCCCGCCAGAAGGUAACUUGCCCGCCAACCAGACAACAAUCGAUUUGAUUUCCCGGGCUGUCAACCCCCAGCACCUGGCCUCUUGCGAUGCCUUGUGGAUGCCAUAUCUCUAG